CCUUAGCUAUACGUAUGUGACGCAAUCAUAUGUGUCGGUUCGAUAUACGCCUCCUAUACAAUACACUUACCUUCGGUCGACGGUCGACACUCGAUACCAAGUUUUCGGGGAAAAAAUGUUUCAAGUUAGUUAUCUGGACGGGUUUACAAGAGCUUACGUAUAAAUAGACUGACAGAUUUACCAGAUGCAUUCAAUUCGUUUGUUGCUUCUGACCGGCAAAGAAAGCAGCUACUAUCUAUCAUCAUCAUCAUCAUCAUCAUCAUGUUUAGACUUUUGGUGAUUUGCGGUUGCUUGUUGGCGGUUGGGCAAGCUGGUGUGAUCGGCGGUGGUUUGCUCGCGGCAACCGCACCUGCAGCAGUCGCAGUGCAGCCAGCAGCAGCAGCAACCCUUCCUCUAUCUGCGGCCACAGUCGCGUUACCAACUAUCGCAACAUCCAGUUCUAAUGUGAUACGGGGUAUCGGUAACUUAGGUGCCAUAUCGGCCUACUCGAAGAGCAUAGAUACGCCGUUCAGUAGCGUCAGGAAAGCGGACGUACGCGUUAACAAUCCUGGAAUCGUGACGGCGACCGCUGUGCCCGCCCCGGUGGUUGCAGUCGCAAAUACCGCUCUUGCAGCUCCUACAACGCUUCUUGCUCCUGGAUUGACUACUGCGUAUGCAGCUGCACCGGCUAUCACUACCGGCUUAGCGGCAGCUCCUCUAGGGCUCAAUGGUUUAGCCUUGAACGGGAUAGGAGCCCUCAAGGUUCUCUAAGUUUCACGUUCGAACCACUACGGAGCGACGGAGGACUCGAUUAAAGAAUCGAUGUUUAACCGCUGUCGACCAUAAAAUGCGUUCAAACCUUUGUAUCGAUGGCGAAUCGUUGUUACAACCCAAACGAUCUAUUUUGUCACAGAAUGUAAUAAUCGAAUAUUCAAUAAACGUA